GCUAACGAAACAGCUACUACGGUGGCCGAGAAGUAUCAACCGAACACGUGAUUGAGAGAACUGCAUGUGUGAAGCACAGCUUGUCUACAGAGGCAGGUUGAUGCCGUUUUCAGCAGGUUUUAAAGCAUUACUUCCACUGAACUUUUAAGUGAACUUUUUACGAAACGGUCAUGGAACAGGAUGUCGCGCGAAUCAUAGCGGAAUUAACUGCAAAAGAAAAAGAAGUCGCGGAUCUGAAGGCAAAGCUUGAAAGUCUUCAGAAGGAUUCACACACCACAGCCUCUUUGCAUCCCAUGAAGGAUAUUUCAUCAACACUAGAUCAUCUUCGUAAAAAGGCUUCACUUAACAAUGACGAGAUUAUGAGAUAUAGUAGACAGCUUCUUCUCCCAGAGUUUGGAGUCAAAGGCCAGGUAAAUCUGUUGAAGACAUCUGUCCUUAUUGUUGGUUGUGGGGGUCUAGGUUGCCCAGUGGCACAAUACCUCGCCUCAGCAGGCAUUGGCCGUUUGGGACUCCUUGACUAUGACACAGUGGAACUCAGUAACCUGCAUCGACAGGUCCUACAUGGGGAAAAUAGGAUAGGCUGGCCAAAGGCUUUUUCUGCUGCAGAAUCUCUCAAAAGGCUGAACUCAACAGUAGAAUGUAUACCAUAUCAUGUGCAGCUUACACCUGAAAAUGCCAUGCAGCUUAUUCAGCAGUAUGACAUUGUGGCUGACUGCUCAGACAAUGUCCCAACCCGAUACCUUGUAAAUGAUGCUUGUGUCCUUUCUGGUAAACCUUUGGUUUCUGCCAGUGCUCUGAGGUUAGAGGGCCAGCUUACUGUAUACAACUACAAAGGGGGUCCAUGUUAUAGAUGUCUAUAUGCAAAACCACCUCCACCAGAAACUGUCACUAGUUGCUCCGAUGGAGGAGUUCUUGGUGUUGUUCCAGGAAUUAUGGGAUGCUUUCAAGCCCUGGAAAUCCUCAAGAUCGCUUCAGGAAAAGAUUCCUCAUACCACCAACAGAUGCUACUGUUUGAUGCUCUAGAAGGCCGAUUCCGCACAAUCCGACUGAGACCAAAGCAAAAUGGAUGUGUAGUAUGCGGAGAAGAACCAACAGUCCAAAGUCUUGUUAAUUAUGAACAAUUCUGUGGCUCAACAGCUACUGACAAGUGCAGAAGAUUGUCUCUGCUGACAAGUGAUAAAAGAAUAGCCGUCCAGGAGUAUAAACGGAUUCUGGAUGACAAGAUCCCACACUUACUCCUUGAUGUUCGUCCAUUAGUAGAGUUUAACAUCUGCUGUCUGUCAUUUUCUAUAAAUAUUCCUCUUUCAAAUCUGGAGCAUUGUAAACCUGAGGAUAUUGCUCUGUUGAAAGAAAAAAUGAGGGAAUAUAAAAGAAACCUACAGUCUCCUGUGCAAGUGUAUGUUGUUUGCAAGAAUGGAAAUGAUUCACAGAAGGCAGUAUGCGUUUUACAGAAAAUGUCAGGCUCUGAACUAGAUUCCUUAGAGGCCAAAGAUAUCCAAGGAGGACUAAUGGCUUGGGCAGAGAAGAUUGAUACAAAGUUUCCACAAUAUUAACGAUUAAUUGUUGGAAAGGGAAAAAAAUAAAUAGUAAAGUAUACAUAUGUAUGUCUAACUGGUAUGAAUUUUUUUAUUAGUCAUUUGUAAUUUUAAACAUUUUCUGUUGAUAAUAAGAUUCCUUUUUUGCCAUUAUGCUUGUUUUUAAUGUAACUUCAAUGACACAAAAAAUGUUCCUUAGCAACUGUCAAUAUUUGCACACUCUUAUCUCCAGCUGGACAUAUUAUGUAUUGAUUAGAGAGGUUUUUACUGGUAUUGUUUAAAAUUUGAUCUACUAGACUAUUUUUUUUGCACUGACUUCAAACCUUAAAAAGAAAAUUUGUUAUUUACAAUCAUGUAAGGUUAAUUAUACUUCAGUACAGCUCUUAGUGUAUCAUAUUUAGCAGGCUCUGACAUUAUUUUUAAUAUAGCCAUAUUUUAUACUGAUAUUUUGGUUUCCUAUCUUUCUCCAAAGAUUUUUUGUCUCUAUUUUCUGAAAUGAGCUCAUGUUCACUGCAUAAAAGAAUUGAAACAUCUAUAUCAUGAACGUUCUGCAUGAUCCUCUAGUCUAAAAUAAAGAUAUGUGCAGAAGAAA